CAUGUGAGCCAAAGUGACCUUACUGAACUCGAUUGGGGCCUCCCUAGCUGGCCCUAGCCCUAUGUACGCGAUCUUGAGCUACAUACACAGUCACUGUACGGUCUGCCUGCUACCUAAGGACCUUGUGAACUCUAAUGGAGGCUAAGAGUGAAUCACAGAGAGAGCUACUUAUUCUGAAGCAAUCUUCCUCUGAAAUUGUAGAAGAUGAAGCUGUGGAAGACCUCUUACCUACCAAAAAACAAAAUGGAGGCCCCCCUGAGAAGGUGAUAGUAGUAAACAAACCAAGGAGGAAUCUUCGCAAGCCAAUAAAAGUCACUAGGAUCCCCACACUCGAUAAAGUUAAUGGGAAUCGACCAAAGGAGAGUACUUUCCCAACCUUAACCUAUAAUAGUGGGAUUAUUAAUGGGAACACGCCCCCUAAAGAAGCCCCACCCACUACCCCAGCUCCCGUCCCGUCCCUUGUCUUGCAACCUGGAGGCUAUGUCCCUGUGUACACUCUACUCCCCAGAUCUUCCAGCGAUGCUCCUGUUAGCAUGGCUCCCAUCUCUCUGAGUCUGCCUAUGUUCACAGCUGCUAGUGGAGCCGCCUCCUUCCCUGUGAAUGGAAGGGUUGACCUCACCAGCAGUGCUCUGGCUACUAUGGCUAUUCUCAGCGGACGGGAACCGCACUCAUUCACUCGAGAGAGUGUAAGGAGUGAUGAGGGUGGGGAGGAGGCAGGGACAUCCCCACACAUUGUGCUGGUCCAUCCACAGCUCCAGAAACAAUCAUACUCAUCCGAUCCCACCCCUCAAGAGAGUGAUGAGGGUGUUAAGGUGGCAGAGACGUCUCCGCAAAGUAUGCUCGCCCAACCACAACCCCAGAAACGAUCACGCACAACAUCUGCCCCCACCCCCAGAAAGAGUGUGAACAGUGUGAACAGUGAUGAGGGUGACAAGAUGGCGGAGAUGUCCCGGAAAAUUCUGCUAGUCCAACCACAACUUCGCUCAUUGCUGACCAACUCCAUUCAGUCUACAUGUACAACGACUGCAAGAACACGUAGUGGAGAGCUUAUCAUCACAAAACAAGUGCAGACUGAGAGCAGGAGUGGAGAGAAAGUCACAAAGCGAAUGUAUUGUUGUAAUCACACUGGCUGUAUGAAGAUGUACACCAAGAGUUCUCACCUCAAGGCCCACAAGAGGAUUCACACUGGCGAGAAACCAUUCAACUGCCCAUGGGAGGACUGUGAUUGGGCGUUUAGACGAUCGGACGAGCUGACUCGGCACUAUCGCAGGCACACUGGAGAGAGGCCGUUCCAGUGUCGAGACUGCAGUAGAGCAUUCUCACGCUCUGACCACCUGGGCCUGCACAUUCUCAAGCACCAGGCUGGAGAGAGUUUUCCCAAAGGCACACUCAGCAUUGCCUCAGGGGCAGUGCCCGUUGAUGAUAUACAGCCGUGUCAUGUUGCCGAUAUGGAGAACAAUGUAUCACUAAACAAGGACGCUUGAUGAAUCUAGUUUUGUAUUUUCAUAUUGGAUGUCAAUGUCGUCUAUUUCUAGAUUUCUUUGUACCUUUUUUUUGUAUACAUAUAUAAUAUGUAUG